AUGGGAAGGGUGACCAAAAUAGAUAGGAAGCUGAGGAGAUACUUGUUUGAGAUUGGUUAUCAUAAAUGGACACGGAUACAUGCAACAGUAAAAAGAACAUGGACACAGACUUCAAACAUAGCUGAAUCUAUAAACAAUGCUACAGUGAAUGCUAGGGAAUUGCCGGUGGCAAAAUUAUUGGAUUUCAUGAGGGAAUUGGUUGAAAGAUGGAAUGCGACGCACAAUGAAGAAGCAAAGAAUACAUUCACAGAUCUUACUAAAAAGUAUCAAGAAAUUAUCAACAAGAAUGGGGUACGAGCUUCCACUGAAUUUCUACAUACAGUGAUUGAUGGUGUUAGGAGGUUCACAGAUGAAGUGGAAGGGAACGUGGAACGUGGGAGAGAGAAGAGGAAGGAGAGGAGAAAGAGAGAAGAGUAG